AUGACAGCCAUGACCGAGCCAAUGGAGAGCGCCGCUGCCGCUUAUGCGGCUUACAAUGACUUUCAGGCAAGUCAAUAUUAGUGUAAAAUACGUAUCAACUGCUUUUCCUGUCUAAGAUUUUCAAUUAUAAAAUGUAUUUCGAAAAAAAAACAUUUUGAAAAAAAAAUCGACCAGUCGAAAAUUUUUUUGAAAGUUUUUAUUUUUUUGGCUAAAAUAUAAAAAACAAGCUUUAAAAGUGCACAAAGCAUUUUGACUAAUUCCAGAAUGCCUUUGCAAGUCAUUCUGACAUGCUGGGAUUUCCGUCCGCGCCCUACUACCCCAACACGGAUAUUAUCUACCCUGAUAACGCGAUGUUGCCGGUUCAGCCCACAAUCCAUUUUUAUCAACCCACCAAUCCACAACAAUGGCCUGAUACUAAUCAGCAAAUGUAAGACAUUUUAAAAUUUGAAUUUUCAUAAAAGUUUGGUAAAAAUGGCUUUAGAAGGGCAUGGAUAAUAUAAGUUUGAGAGGAUGUUGUGAUUGAACUAGGAGGUCUACGUACUUAAAAUUUAGUCAAAUUAUAUGUAUGAUCAGGUUUUAUCAGUAUAUAUUAGUUACAGUUUUAAAAACGACUGAAAAGUUGACGAAAAGUGAAAAAAUCUUGGUCAGGCCUACCAAAGUAGUCAUGGGGAAGAUAACUUUGAUAUGCUAUAAUAAAUGUUCUAGAAAAGGAAUAACUUCACCAUUUGAAUGUACCAUAAAGUGUGUUUUAUUUUAUCUAAUAAUAAUAUGUCUAAAAGGAAGUGAUAAAACUGAUAAAUCGGCCAAACUUCCCAAUAGACACCUACUAAAACAGUUGUAGUGAAGAUAACUUUGAGGUGCCAUAAAAAACGUCGUAGAAAAGGAAUAAGUUUAAAAUUUAGUCAGAAUAUACUAUAAAAUUUUUUUAAUCUUAUCAAAUAGUUACGUGCCUAAACGGAAGUGAUAAAAUUGAUAAAACGGCCAAAAACCUUGAUGGGUACCUACUAAACCGGUUAUGGUGAAGAUAACUUUGAAAUUACAUAAAACAUUUUCUAGAUUAAGAAUAAGCGUAAAAUUUAGUCAGAAUGUACUACAGAGUGUAUUUUAUCAUAUCUAAUAGUAAUAUGUCUAAAAAGAAGUGAUAAAGUUGAUAAAACGGCCAAAAAUCUCGAUGGAUACCUACUAAACCGGUCAUAGUGAAGAUAACUUUAAGACGCCAGAACAAAUUGAUUAGUUGAUAUAGAAGCCUAAUAUUUGGCAAUAGUAUACUUUUUAAUGUACUUUAUCAUAUACAUUUGUCAUCAUUCUAGAAUUAUAGCAAAACUUUAACAAAACGGCCAAAAACCUCAAUAGAUACCUACUAAGGUGAAGAUAACUUUGAGAUGCCAGGACUAAUUGGUUAAACGGUGUAUAAGCCUAAUAGAUAGCACAAAUGUACACUUAGACGUGCUUGGACAUAUACAUUUGUCAUCAGUUUAAAAUUAUGGUCCAACUUUAAUAAAACGACCGAAAAUUCUAGUAGGUACCUAUUAAGCUGUCAUAAUGACUAAAGUUCAAUUUUUCUUAAUAAUAAUUGAAGAAAGAAGGUAAAACACGUUGUGAGUACAUGUAAAAUUGACAAAAUUCUGUAUGGAAAAAUUUAAGAACCCUACCAGGCCAGUAUAAAAGCGAAAAUGAGCUCACUACUGGUCGAAAGAAUGCCUAUAAGGAACAGUUUCGAGGCUUCGACCGGAAGCCGUGAAACUCUUCGAAACCCCAUUUUUGAUUGCAAAGGUAUUCUCUAAACAAUGGCAAUUUGUGUUUAGUUGUUAAAAUUGUAUUUUAGGUAUUAAGUGAGGUCUAUUUUCAAAAAAGUUAAUUUUAAAAUUAAAAAAAAAUUUAAAAAUUUUUAUAAUUUUUUUGAAAUUUUAAUUGUCAAAUUUAUCAAACUGUCAUUUCAGACCCUACACAUCAACAGUAAACCCCCUGGACUAUGAUCUAUCAUCCACCGGUAUCAAAGCCGAAAGUUCGGUUGAUUUGAGUUCGGCCAUAUGGCCAAGUCAGUCCCUACCCAAGGCCUCGACCAUGCUACUGGACUCAACGGCCGGCAACUCGAUGCUACGUCGUAAUUCAAUGCUGAAUCACAACAAUAUGAUCCUAGAGAACAACAACAUGUUGCUGGAUAGUAAUCGCAACUCAAUGUUGUUGGACAACUCCAGCAGUUUGUUAGACCGCAACUCGGGCAAUUUAUUGGACCGCAACUCUGGCAAUUUGUUAGACCGCAACUCGGGCAACUUAUUGCUAGAAAAUAGAGGGUCUGGCGAGUUGUUGGACAGAAGUUCUGGCAACUUGUUGGAUCGCAACUCUGACAAUUUGUUGCACCGCAACUCGGGCAACUUGUUGCUAGAUCAUGGCAGAAGAAACCUUUUGGAGCCGGACCUAGCUUCAAGGCAUAUUGUUUUAGAGGAGAAGCGUCGCUCAAAUCAACCGACCAAGGUCUAUGGUUGUCCAACUUGUGGUAAACAAUAUUGUCGCAAAAGCACCUUGAAGUCGCAUAUUAAGCAACAUUUUGGCAACAAACCCUUCAUGUGCAAUGUAAGGAAUCGCAUUUGAAAAAAAUUUUGAAAUUUUUUAAAAUUUAUAAAAUUUUUUUUUGAAAUUUUAAAAAUUUUUGAAAUUUCGAAAUUCAGGCCUGUGGCAAGACCUUCACCCAAGCCGCCAACCUGACAGCACAUAAACGAGUUCAUACUGGAGAAAAGCCAUUUACAUGUUCAGUUUGUUUUCGACCAUUCUCUCAGUCUUCUUCAUUGGUUACUCAUAAACGGUGGGUUUGAAGUGGCAUUUUAGGUAACAAAAUUCUUAAAAAAUGUCAUUUUAGGUAACAAAAAUUUUUCGAAAUGUCAUUGUUGGUAAGAAAAUUUGAUUCUAGGCUUAAAAAUGUCAUUCAAGGCUUGAAAAUGUCAUUUUAGGUAACAAAAAUCAUUUAAAAUAGCAUUUUAGGUAACAAAAUUUGCUAUUAAACUUAAAAAUGUCAUUUAAGGCUUCAAAACGUCACUUUAGGUAACAAAAUGUCAAGUUAGGCUAAAGAAUGUGAUUUUAGGUAACAAACUUAGCAAAAGCCUUUUAGGUAACAAAACUGGAUUUUAAAGUUGAAAAUGUCAUUUUCUAAAUAUAAGUGUCACUUUUUGUCGAAAAAAAUCAGUUUAGGUAACAAAAUUUAAUUUUUGUUUGUAAAAAUUUCACUUUAGGCUUAAAAACGGCAUUUUAGGUAACAAAAUUUUGUUUUUUAGGCUAAAAAAUUUUAUUUUAGGUAACAACCGUUUUAAAAAAUGUUACCUUAGGUAACAAAAUUUGAUUCAGGCUUAAAAGUGUCAUUUUAGGUAACAAAAUUUAAGUUUAAGGUUAAAAAUGUCACAUUAGGCUUAAAAAUGGCAUUUUACAUCAGAAAAGUUUUAAAAGCGUCGUUUUAGGUAACAACAUCUUUAUAAAUGUCGCCUUAGGUGACAAAACAUGAUUUUAGGUAACAAGAACUUUAAAAAUGUCACUCUAGGUAACAUAAUGUGUUUUUAGGUAACAAACACUAAUUUUGAAAAGAUUUUUUUGAGCUUCAAAAAAAAUGUUAUCUUGCCAUAAUAUUUUGGUGAUUAGAGAAAGCUGGUUCCCAAAAUUAGUUGUUUAAUGUUGUAGGUAUUCCGAAGCCAAACUUUAUUUGGUGAUUUUGGAUGUCAAUGAGCAGUUUUACAGUAGAUUAUACAGGCUGGCAUUGAGAUGCUUAAAAGAUGGUCAGGGUCAGGCAGCUUUAGGAAAUAGGAUUGUACUGAAAAACACAUAAAGUUAUGGUUGAGCAGGAGCAUGGUAUUAUAGGGCCAGUCAUGGCAGGGUAGGUUAAAGUUAAGUAGGGUAGGAUAGUGUAGGUUAGGAUAGAGUAGGGUAGGGUAGAGUAGGGUAGGGUAGGGUAGAGUAGGUUUGGGUAGGGUAGGGUAGGGUAGGGUAGAGUAGGGUAGGGUAGGGUAGGGUAGGGUAGGGUAGGGUAGGGUAGGGUAGGGUAGGGUAGGGUAGGGUAGGGUAGGGUAGGGUAGGGUAGGGGAGGGUAGGGUACGAUAGGGUACGGUAGGGUAGGGUAAUACAACACAAAAUUAAUUACGGUAUGGUGGAUUAAAACAAUAUAAAAAAUAGUUUAGGAACCCACGGUAAAUUUCCGUAUGCAUGGUUACGUGACGUUUGCCAAAGCCCAGAAAACUACCAAAUUGGCCCGGCGAUGCAAGCCCGUAUACCAAUGAUGAAAGAUUUUGAUCUUAACGUAUCUCCAACAAGCUUUGAGUCUACUACUGAAGGUUUAACAGUGUCAUGGUCGAAUAAACAUCAAAGUUUUUAUCCAGUAACCUGGUUAAAAUCUCGAAAUUUGUCUGAAAAAUCUGUGAUUCAGAAACGGAAAGCCCGAUACUUUUUGGAUACUGUAACUUGGAAGCAAAAUGAGAUUAAAAAGUUGCCGAUCAAAGUAAAAUACGAUGACUUUAUGAAAAACGAAGAUGGGGUGGAAAAAUUGCUAGAGGGUGUUUGUAGAGAUGGUAUUGGAAUGCUUGUUAAUGGACCUGAAUUGGAGCCAGAAGAACAUAAAAAAGUUGUUGAAGCUAUUGGACAGAGGGUCGGACUGAUUCACCAAACUCAUUUUGGGUGAGAGUUCUUUCUAUAAACUUUUUGACCAAAAAAAUUAAAAUCACUACUAAGCUUAUGAUUCAGAUUAGGCUUAGUAGGCUUAGGCUUAGUAGGCUUAGGCUUAGUAGGCUUAGGCUUAGUAGGCUUAGGCUUAGUAGGCUUAGGCUUAGUAGGCUUAGGCUUAGUAGGCUUAGGCUUAGUAGGCUUAGGCUUAGUAGGCUUAGGCUUAGUAGGCUUAGGCUUAGUAGGCUCAGGCUUAGUAGGCUUAGGCUUAGUAGGCUUAGGCUUAGUAGGCUUAGGCUUAGUAGGCUUAGGCUUAGUAGGCUUAGGCUUAGUAGGCUUGGGCUUAGUAGGCUUAGGCUUAGUAGGCUUAGGCUUAGUAGGCUUAGGCUUAGUAGGCUUAGGCUUAGUAGGCUUAGGCUUAGUAGGCUUAGGCUUAGUAGGCUUAGGCUUAGUAGGCUUAGGCUUAGUAGGCUUAGGCUUAGUAGGCUUAGGCUUAGUAGGCUUAGGCUUAGUAGGCUUAGGCUUAGUAGUUUUAAGCUUUAUUUUUAAAAUUUGUUAUUUCUAUAAACUUUUCUACCUAAACUAAUGAUAUUUAGCAAAAUCUUCACGGUAUGUACAAAGCCCAAUGCUAGUAACAUGGCUUACGCGAGCGGUAAAGAGCUACCAUAUCACACUGAUUUUCCGUCUUUAUCCGAUCCACCCCAACUUCAGUUUCUACAUUGUGCACAACCUGCUCAAAAGGGGGGUCUCAGCAUGUUUGUAGAUGGAUUUUUAAUUUCUGAUAUCUUAAAAACUGACCAUAAAUGGGCUUAUGACGUUUUAUGUCAUACCAACAUUGAAUUCAUCGAAGUUGGGUACGAUGUUCAUGAAGUUGAAGAUACAGAAUCUCAGCACGGUAAAAAUAAGGGUUCAGAAGUUGAAAGAAGUGUCAUAGAUAGAAGGUUCGACUUUCAAAUGACAUCACAACAAAAGACGAUUACAGUAAGACAAGACGGUAGUUUGAAGAAGGUUCAAUUUGGCAAUGCCAUGAGGUCGUGGGCUUUUGAAGCUGAACCUGAGAAGAUUCAGCUUCUGUACGACGCUCUGAAGUUGUUUACUACAUUGUGUUACAAACCAGAGAAUCAACUGGCCUUUAACAUGCAAAAAGGUAGGGUAGGGUAAGGUAAAGUAGAAUCUAGCGGAAUAGGAUAGAGUAAGUUAAGGUAGAGUCAGGUAGAGAAAAAUGGGAUAGGAUAUGGUAGAGUAGGAAAGGGUAGAAUACAGUAAUGUAAAGUAAGUCUGUUAGGGUAGGUUAUGGUAAAGUAGGUUAUGGUAGGGUAGGGUACGGUAAGGAAGAGCAGGUUAAGGUAGGGUAGAGUAAGAAAGGGUAGGACAUAGUAAGGUUAAAUAGAGCAGGGUAAGGUAGAGUACGGUAAGGUAAAGUAGACCAAGAUACGGUAGGACAAACCGUGAUAAAAGUAAAUUUUCAGGUGACUCAGUUCUCUGGGCUAAUACUAGAUUACUACAUGCCAGAUCAGCUUAUGAAUGUCCGGCUGAUAAGCCACGAAUUCUUCAAGGAUGUUACUUUAGCUGGGACAUUGUAAAGUCAAGGCUUCGAUUGGCAAAAAGUCGACUGGGCCAAAAGGAUUAUAUUGUUAUACUAUGA